CAGCUGACAAUGGAUCGCAGCACUACUCUCAGCCUGACAGCGGCCUGGCUGCUCUGUGAGCUCACAACGACGCGAAGUACGAUCGAUCGGUUUACUUCUUCUCCGUCGCAGACCUCGCAUCAUGGACGGCCUUUCGGGCGCAGCAAGCGUCAUCGCGGUAGUCGACAUAUCCACCAAGAUCGCUUCGCUCUGCUACCAGUACUCCGUGGCUGUCAAGGACGCGAAGGAUGAUAUCGAGCGUGUGCGGAGGAAGGUUAGCGACAUCACCCACAUCCUGGAGAAGAUCAAGCAGCUCUUCGACGGCCAGGACAAGACGCGGCUCUCUACUACUAAGGGCCUGUCUAACUCGCUCAAACAAUGCCUAGAGGAACUAAAGAGUCUAGAAGCAAAGCUAGAUCCAGGAAAAACUCGCAAGACUAUGAGCCGGUUCGGCUUCCGUGCGCUCAAAUGGCCGUUCACAAGUAAGCAGGUGGACAAGGUUAUUCUGAACUUAGAAGGAUACGAGCAGACAUUCAGCUUGGCACUGCAGGUCGAUCAGACAGUCGUUGUGUUCAAUAUAGACCAGAAGCUAGUCCUAGCCAAACUCCCUAUCGCGAUAGGCGCCUCCUUCAAUUCCCACAACGAAGAGCACAACGCACGGUGCCUACCAAAAACCCGCACCGAGCUGCUAGACGAGAUCACAACAUGGGCGAAUGACAAAGAUGGCAAGUCCAUAUUCUGGCUGAGCGGCAUGGCGGGCACGGGAAAGUCCACGAUAGCGCGGACGGUCGCUCAGUCGUUCGCCAGUCGAGGGCAGCUCGGAGCCAGCUUCUUCUUCAAGAAAGGCGAGGGCGAGCGCGGCAACGCCUCACGCUUCUUUACCACCAUCGCCACUGAUCUAGUCGCCUGCGAGCCAGGCAUGCUACCUAGCAUCAGGAAGACGCUCGACGGGGACUCGACGAUCUCACACAAGGCACUAAAAGACCAGUUCGAAAAGCUGAUCCUGCAGCCACUAUUAGGAAUAAAACAGGCUCGUACGCGGGCCUUGGCGCGUGUUAUCGUAAUCGACGCGCUGGACGAAUGUGAGCGAGAAGCAGACAUUCGAGCGAUCCUCCAGCUGCUCGCUCAGGCGAAAGACAUCCGCCCAGUGCCGCUACGGAUUAUGGUCACUAGCCGGCCAGAGCUCCACAUUCGUCUCGGCUUUCAGGCGAUGCCGAACGGCACAUACCAAGACCUAGUUCUCCACGAAGUACCAAGGAGCACGAUUGAACACGACAUCCGUCUGUUCCUAGAGCAUGAGCUCGGUAGGAUACGAAAAGAACGCAAGUUGGCCUCGGACUGGCCAGCGAAACAACAGAUCCUCGCGCUGGUUGAGCUGGCUGUGCCGCUGUUCAUCUACGCUGCCACUGUGUGUCGAUAUGUUGGUAGCAAAGGAAGCAAUCCCACAGCUUUUCUGAACAAGGUGCUGCAGUAUCAAAAGGCGACCUUUUCGCAGCUAGAUCGGACCUACCUUCCUGUUCUCGACCAGUUGCUUAGUGAGCAGGAGGAAGACGAGAAGGAGACGUGGCUUCAGGCUUUCCGAGAAGUCGUCGGUAGUAUUGUCGUUCUCGAAAGCCCACUCUCUGCUGUCUCGCUUGCCCGGCUGCUUCAGGUCCCACAAGAGGAGAUUCAGUGCCGACUUGACUCUUUGCACUCUAUUCUUAGUGUUCCUAACAGCGAGGACGCACCUAUUCACCUUUUGCACUUGUCCUUUCGCGAGUUCCUCGUCGACCCCUAUAAACAGGGAAAGAGCCCGUUCUGGGUGGACAAGAAAACGACACACAAAAGGCUCGCCUCUUACUGCCUCGAGUGUAUGUCUGGACUAAGCGGCCUACACCCAGACAUAUGCAGCCUCUUAGAGCCUGGGGUCCUAAGAAGCGAGAUCGACGAAGGUACGAUUACUAGUAGCUUGUCACCUGACCUGCAGUAUGCGUGUCGUUACUGGGUCGAGCAUCUUAAGCAGGGUCAGCAAGACAUCCUCGAUGGAGACACGACCCACCUCUUUCUGCAGAAGCACCUCCUUCAUUGGCUCGAGGCCAUAAGCCUUACAAGGGAAUUGAGCAGAUGCGUCGACUUGCUCGACAGCCUUCAGGCACUUGCUAGCCCAUCUGCAAAGCUAGUUUCAGCCUUUCUUCACGACGCCAAGCGAUUCGUGUUGCGGUUCCAAUCUGUGCUUACAGAUGCGCCGCUGCAGAUCUAUUACUCCGCGCUCGUGUUCGCACCAGAGAGGAGCCUGAUACGACAAACAUUUGCAGACCAAGUGCCAGAAAAGGCCAAGAUGCUGUCUAUAAAAGAAACAGACUGGGACGCCUGUCGCAGCACGCUUGAGGGCCAUUCCUUUGGUGUCAGCGCGGUGGCCUUCUCGCCAGACGGGCAGCUGGUCGCCUCGGCAUCUGACGACAACACAGUACGGCUGUGGGAGACGGCGACGGGGACAUGUCACAGCACGCUCGAGGGCCAUUCCUUUGGUGUCAGGGCGGUGGCCUUCUCGCCAGACGGGCAUCUGGUCGCCUCGGCAUCUUACGACAAGACAGUACGGCUAUGGGAGACGGCGACGGGGACAUGUCGCAGCACGCUCGAGGGCCAUUCCUCGUAUGUCAGCGCGGUGGCCUUCUCGCCAGACGGGCAGCUGGUCGCCUCGGCAUCUGACGACGAGACAUUGCGGCUAUGGGAGACGGCGACGAGGACGUGUCGCAGCACGCUCGAGGGCCAUUCCUUUGGUGUCAGGGCGGUGGCCUUCUCGCCAGACGGGCAUCUGGUCGCCUCGGCAUCUAGCGACAAGACAGUACGACUAUGGGAGACGGCGACGGGGACAUGUCGCAGCACGCUUGAGGGCCAUUCCGCGUAUGUCAGCGCAGUGGCCUUCUCGCCAGACGGGCAGCUGGUCGCCUCGGCAUCUAGCGACAACACAGUGCGGCUAUGGGAGACGGCGACGGGGACGUGUCGCAGCACGCUCGAGGGCCAUUCCUCGUAUGUCAGGGCGGUGGCCUUCUCGCCAGACGGGCAUCUGGUCGCCUCGGCAUCUGACGACAAGACAGUGCGGCUAUGGGAGACGGCGACGGGGACGUGUCGCAGCACGCUAGACGCCCCUUAUGGAUAUAUCACUUACAUCGAGUUCUCGCCAGAUGGCCAGGUACUUCACACGAACCGAGGCGAUAUUCCUUUGCUGCAAACCUGUGUUGUCACAUCGCUUUCUAGGCCGCAGCCGCAGCCCUUCUACGUUGUACUGCAGGAUCAGUGGAUAUGGCGUAACCAGCAACGCGCUCUAUGGCUUCCGCCAGAGUAUCGAUCAAGCUCGACCGCAGUACGCGAGGACAUAGCUUGUCUGGGGCUUGUAUCUGGUCGUGUGGUUCUGCUUAGGAUUUUCUAGCAUUGUGCAUUGACAGACUCGGUUUACUAUAAGUUCAAUAUAGACUUUACAGCAUGAUAAGAAUAUAGUUAGUAUAAGAUGUAGGUCUUGUCGUUAGUAAUCUCCCUUGAGAACGACCUUCUUGUCGGAGUUUGAAUAGAUUAGUUACGCGAAAACGGUUACAUAAGAUGUGCAGGGCCGCUUAGCACGAGCCGAGGUACUGAUAGCGACUGCGAUCUUGC